GUGCACAAAUGUAUCAAUGACGCUGAGUAUGGCACAUCUUCGAGGGUUUUGUUUUUUUUUUUGUUUUUUGCGUCCACCCCUUUUAUGGCAGAUUAAUUUAGCAUUAAAUUAAACACCAUUCUGGGCGUUCAAUUUUCUAUACUCAUUUAUGUUCGUACAAUUGCGGCUACAAAUCGUGCUCUAAGUUUCUACAGUUGUAUUUCUUACUUACAAGAACAGCGUGAAGGAAGCUUGCCACUGAACAUCUACCAGUUUACCAAGCCUGCCUUCUACGUGAUCAUUUUGCUUACCAUACCGUACGGCGACUCACUCUCUGUGACUCUUGUUGUGAUUGACAGGGUCAUGCUGAACUUUCGUUUUGUGUUCUGGCGUCUCCACUAUGUUUUGAAUGUUUAAAGGACGAUGUCGGACAUACUGAUGAAGGAAAUGGAUAGUCUGUCGGUCGGCCCAAAGAAGUCAAAGGAGUUGAGGGAGGGGGCCCAGAGCUUCCUGCUGGUAGACGAACAGGAAAACCUGCAGGUGAAAAAUGACGCUGAGUUUGUGGAGAGGCUCGGCUGUAUGGACGUCACUGGGGUCAAGGUCCUCUCCAUCUUUGGCAACACCGGCGAUGGCAAGUCCCACACGCUCAACCAUAUCCUGUUUGGGGGUGAGAGCGUGUUCUACACCUCCAAGUCCCCCAGCUCCUGCACGGUGGGGGUGUGGGCCGCUUACAAUCCCUCCCUGGGCCUCAUCGCCCUGGAUACAGAGGGUCUGUUGGGAGCAGCUGCUAAUCAAAACCAGAGAAUGCGUCUUCUUCUAAAGGUUUUGGCCGUGUCUGAUAUCGUCGUCUACCGCACGCGGGCGGAGCGUCUCCACAAUGACAUGUUCCAGUUCCUGAGCAGCGCGUCCAGGGCCUACCUGAAGCACUUCACCCGAGAGCUGAAGGCUCUGUCCAGUCGGUGCGGUCUGGACGUCCCCCUGUCGUCUCUCGGACCUGCGGUCAUCGUCUUUCAGGAGACGACACACACUCAGCUGCUAGGCCAGGACUCGAAGGCGCCCGGUUAUGCUGACACUCUUCUUCAGAAGCGUUUCCAUGACUUGAGUUUGGGGACAGAGGCCUUCAGCUCGGUCCAGUACGUCGGCACUCAGACCGUCACGCCCCCCACUGACUACAGCAAGCUGCUGGAGGCCGUCAGGCAGCAAGUGAAUAACACUCACACGCGCUCCCCGCGCCAGCCUGGGAUUGUGUUUCAUGCUCUGGAAGCUCUGAGCGAGCGUUUCAGUGGAGAACUAUUAGACGAUAAAAUUACGCUGUACUCCUUCUUCCCUGAUGAGUACUUCACCUGCUCCUCUGUGUGCCUCAGCUGCAACAUCCGUUGUAAAAACGGCAUGAAUCACCUCAGAGACCGGGUCCCCCACAUGGCAGAUGGACUCUGCCAGUUUGCUCACCAGUUCAACAACAAGGUCCUCAUCUGUAAACGGUGCUACGAAGGAGGCAGGGAGGUGAUCGUUGUGCCCAAAACCUCGGCUUCUUCUGACAACCCGUGGUUUGGGCUGGCCAAAUACGCCUGGUCAGGAUAUGUGCUGGAGUGCGCCAGCUGCGGCGUGAUCUACCGGAGCAGGCAGUACUGGAUGGGCAACCAGGACCCUGAAAGCGGCGUGGUCCGCUCCGAGGUCAAGCACGUCUGGGAGGAUUCCGACAUGUUCCUGACCAGCCACCAGAACGCGGCUCAAAGGGUUCUGGACGGGAUGAACUACGUGAUCCAGUCGGUGUCUGAGUAUGGAACCGGACCCACCAAAGCCGUCACUGCCUGGCUCACCGACCAGGUGGCUCCGCCGUACUGGAGACCCAACGCAGAGAUCACUGCCUGUCAUGGAUGCCAGAAAGAGUUCAAGGAGGCGGAUCGGAAGCAUCACUGUCGAUCAUGCGGCGAGGGUUUCUGUCAUCCCUGCUCCAACUACAGGAUGCUGGUGCCACAGCGGGGCUGGGGAAGCAGUCCUGUCCGGGUGUGUCAGCCCUGCCACCAGGGGGGAGGACCCACCGACACCAACAGCCAGGUAGUGAGUAAAGUGGAGUCUCACAGUCUGAUGGCUCGCAGGGUGACAGAGGUAGCUCAGUCCACAGUGGAUAUGGUGACCACGGCGUUGGACUACCCCCGCUCUUUCGUGAAGGACGUGGCUCGGCCAGACUACUGGGUCCCGGACCACAGCAUCACCAAGUGCCAUGAAUGCAAUAAGGACUUCACCCCGGCCAUGUCCAAGCACCACUGCAGGGCCUGUGGUCAGGGGGUGUGUGGCCCCUGCUCCACCCACAUCAAACCUGUUCCUUCCCGAGGCUGGGACCACCCGGUCAGGGUGUGCAACGGCUGCUUUGCUCGCACCGACACCCUGUGACCACCCGCCAUGUUCGGAACAACUUUCCAGUCUUCCUCAGAUGGUCCCACUCAGCACUGUGAAUCCCAACGCUGCUGCUCCAGGAACCUGAGAGAGAUCAACCCAACGGCAUUAAGAAACUGAACUGGAAUCAGCUUUCAUGGGGACUAAAGAGGAGCCUCAGAGGCUUGAUCUAAUCACUAAGGUGGGAUGCUGUCAGCUCUGCUGAAGUAUCUGUUUCACUCUUAUCUGCCUUUAUUUUACAAACUGGUUUUGCGUCGGUUAUAAGGCGUCAUAUCCAGCUGCAGAUCACUUUUUCUGCAGCCUCUCAGCAUCAAGCAACUUUGAGACGAACUGGACAAAAAAACAAGCAGCACAUUUAAUAUUUAUCAUGUCAGAUGUUUAUCUCCUUAGUUCUCAUUAAGUUGCAGCAGAACUUAAAUUCUUAAACUGAAGUUUAUAUUAUUGUUUCUUCCCUUCCUGCAGCGGGCUGCUGAUACUCACCAUACUGACUAACUAGUUAAUUUAAAGUAAAAGGGAGUUGUUUGGAUUUUCUUCCCAAGCCAUAGGAAGCAUCUUUUUGGUCUCUCGUUGCACAAAAAGCAGAGACUGAAAAUCUUGGCGUUAGAAAAACAAAGUUUGGGGUGUUCCUGUGGUUCACGAGGUUCAUCUGCAGCAGCGUGUGCCUUCAUGGGUAUAUUUCUACUCAAUUAAACAUAUCGUUAAUUAUGGAUUUAUAUCACUUAUUGCCUUGACCAUCAUUUACAGUUAUAUUUGCUAUAUAGCGAAAGCAAUGAGAAUAAAAUUGAUAUCUUAGCACAUUUAGACAUUCCAGUGGGUUAAAAACCCUGAAUAUUGGAGUAGAUUUACUUCUCAGAAACCUGAUGCAGCUGCACUAAACCAGAAAUGCAGUCUCCUCUAAUCACAUGUAAAUACAACAUUGAAAGUCACUUUACUUUGUCAUAGAUUCUUGCUUUAGUUUAUUUUUCUGUGUAAAAUGCAGUUUUUAUUCAAUUCUGGUAAUUGAAACUCUUGACUUUGAUCUUAAAUAAAAUAACAUUGACCAAAAAAAAAAAGAAACCAAUUGUCUCUGUGUGACUGAAUGUCUUUGCUUCGCAGAUGAACAAUACAUCAGCUUUUUACUCACCUCUAAAAUGUGAGCUGAUGGGAAAGUCUUAAUGUACGGUGAGAAUUUUCAGCCUUGCAGCCCACGAUACCAGGAAUUUACUGCAUUUCAAUUUAUUUUCUUAGUUUUGGUUUACAAAAAAUGUGAUACCAGCAGACUUGACAAGACAAACAGGUUUGAGAAAACAGUCUGCACACAAAAUUCUAAAUAAUGGCAUUUCUCCACUAGUAAAGUAAAAAAAAAAAAAAACACUUGCAAAAAGCUCUGUUUGUGGCCUGGUUUCAAAAAGAAACACAACUAAGCAAAUCAUAAAAUUGCAGCAAUGGCUUCUUAAUUUGUAUAAUCUAGUUGUAGAAAAAGGAUUACACACAGAAAAACAGUGACAAGCGUCAGUUACAAAGGGGGACAUUAAUGUUCAUGGCUCCCAGUAUGAUUCUCAUCUUGGCAGAAUAAAGCUUUUCAAAUGAACAGAUUUUGUGUUUAUAUAACAGACAGCUGAUUUAUUCACAAUAAUUAUAGUGUUAGCUAGAACUGUGUUUUCUUCUGGUGACAUUCUGUAAGUGUUGAUGUUUGGACAAUGAUCUGCAGUAAUCAUUAUUGUGAGUCAGCUCAGUAUGUGACUCACUUGUAUUUGUAAAAAGUUUUGGUUGUGUGUCUAAUUCACUUUUGAUUAAGGGCUGCAGAGCUGUCUUUUCCUAAAGCGGCAUCCAGGUGACCUUUAAAGGCACUGAUACACACAUCAUGCCACAAGGAAAACAUCCAAUUUGAGGUUUAAUAAACUUGUGAACAUUUAUGUUGUUUUUCUUAAAAGCAUAACCUUUAUCUCGUUCUUGAAAGCAGACAGACCCUUGCAAAAGUUGGAUUUGUUUUACUAAAUUUUACGCACUAUUCAAUUUUCUUUUAGGUGUGUGAUCUUUGUUUGCAGUACCUUAUCUGUACACAGGAGGGCGCCCCAUGAACAGCAGCGCAACAACACAGGAGUGUAAAAUUUCACAUGAGACCACCUGCUGCUGACUGUUCAGACUGUCUCGGUGGUGGGUAACUACUAAGCCGUCCUGGUUAAAAGCCAGAAAAAGACGCUUCUCUGGAGCAACCUGGUUCCAAAAGUUUAUGCUCCCUUCAACAAUUACUUUGCUUUCUUUGCACAGACUCAUUUGGAAAUAUUUUUCCACUCUACAUUGCUGAGGUUUUUUGUAUCUAACAAUGAGGACAUUUCUGGUCCUCAUCCCUCUUCAGACAAUGUAUGAUGUAUCAGA